CUGUCAGGAUUCAGCUGACUGAAAAAGUUUAUUUAUUAUUAAAUUUUGUAUCAUUUUUUCUCCAUAUCCAAAACUGUGACUGUUGUCUUGAGGAAAACCCCUUUUGUUACACUAAUUAAUAUUGAAAACUGUUGCAAAAAUGAUUAGCUAUCUAAUGCUAAAAUAAAUAAAUUAAUAAGUAAAGUUUGGUGGGUGCCUGCGUAAUUGUUUGAAAACCAUUUGGCGCGCCUUCAGAGAGAAGAGACCACGACCGCCAUUUUGCCUAGUGAUAUAGAAUCCAGAAGAAGAUUUCGGAUGAUGACUUAUGUAUGAGGUACUGAUAAGUCAACACUGAAAAAAUGACCGACAUAAAAGUAACUUUCGUACUUCCAAACAAUAUUCAAGAUGAAUCCGAAGCCUCCGAUGUUAUGAAACGAGCCUACAAAUCAUGUAAAGAAUUAGUCCCAGACACAAUUUGGGACAAAGAAAGCAACUUGAUCAAUCGCGACUUAUCAAAAAAAGACUACUUGAUAUUUGAAGAAUUCGAAGGCAAAGAUUUCAGCAUUUACUCUGAAAGCCAAUGCGCAAUCAUAGGCCCAUUAGCCCUAAAUGUUUGCUUAAAUCAAACCAUAUCGAUUCCGAACUUUCCGUGGCCAAUUUUAACUGUUUCUAUGAUCGAGUGCGAAGUUACUUGCACCCAAAUGCAAAAAAGUCGUAAAGAAAUUAUAAAAAAUAAAGUGCAACUUAUGGGAGGUCUUUAUUGCGGAGAUCUACGAGAUUCUACGACACAUUUAAUAUGCGACAGUACUAAUUCGGAAAAAUACGCAUUGGCAGCUGAAAAAGGGGUUCUAUUGAUGCUACCAAGUUGGAUUGACUACAUGUUCGAAAACACUCACAUCAAUUGCCAUGAUAUUGAUAAAACAAUUUUGGAUAAAUAUAAAUGUCCAGCUUUCAAUAAUUUAACGAUAUGUGCUACAGGUUUGUCUAGUUCGAAAGAAAUAGCACAACUAAUGGAAAUAAUAAAGAAUAAUGGAGGCAAUUUAACAGGCACUUUAGUCAUAUCUAAAACUGAUGUUUUGGUUUGUUAUGGAACAGCGAGCACCUGCAGUGAGAAAUAUAAAGCGGCACGCCGUUCGCAGCGGAUUUCGUGUGUCACUCCUGACUGGAUCCAUGACAGUGUGGAAAAAGGCUACGCUUUACGCCGGGACCUCGAAAAGUACCGUGUCAAAGCCGCCACAUCGACCCCUACAAGAGACGGAGAAAUAAUCGAUCCCAAUUUUUCAACCAUAAGCGCAGUGGGACAAUCAAUCUGUCACAAAACACAUAUAGACGAGACAAUCACCAGCAGAAGACAAAGCUACAAGCGAAAAGCUGACGAUCUAGAAGAAAAAAUCGACAUAAAAAAAGUAAAAAGUGCUCAGCACUUUUUGGACGGUUGCUCGGUUUUUAUUGCCGGUUUCAGUCCGAAUUGUCACGAAAAACUUAACAAAAUCAUAAAUUUAAGCGGGGCAACUCGUUACGAUGAGUUUUCAGAUAGAGUCAGUCACGUCAUUGUCGGAGACCCGACUUGCUCUGAAGUAAUUAAAAUACGAGAAAAUUGCGAUCAAUGUUAUUUGGUAUCUGUUCAAUGGCUGCUGGAUUCAGUCGAGCAACAAAAACCAGCCGAAGAGAGCAAAUAUUUUAUAUCCAAUAGUGAUGAAACUGGUAAAAUUUUAAGCGAAAAAGUUAUAAACAUCCUUAGGGAAAACAAAACAACAACAAAUGAAUCAGUUGUAGUUGAUAACGAUGACGUAUUAACGCAAAAAUAUUUAAGAAUGGCAGUUAGAGAUGACGAGGCACAAAUGACUGACAAUCAAAUAAAAACCAGAAUUUUUCAGCACAGAUAUGUCAGCACAGAUAUGUCUGAAAUUGAAAAUUUCAAGUUUCGUUUAGAAGGAUUUAGUGAGGAAAUUAUUAAGAAAAAUAAAAGUCUUAUUGCAUCUGCUGGUGGAACUGUUGUUGAUUGUUUUUUUAAAGGAAUUUGUAAUUAUGCAAUAGUUCCAGUUAUUUAUAAUCCAAAGGAACUACUUCCAGCCUUAGAAAUAGUAAACAAUUUAUGGCUGAAUGAAAAUCUUGAAACCCAAACUUUAAUCAGUGACAUAAAAUAUUAUCACAGGCACAUCAAUUUAACUUCAACAGAUGUUUUAAGUGAAUGCGUAGUUACAAUAAGCGGCUAUACAGAUUUCGAAAGAGAAUUCUUACAAACAAUCAUUAUAGGCCUCGGAGCCAUAUAUCAAGAGCAAUUUUCCAAAAAAACCAACACAGCUAAAAAUGUUUUGGGGUCUACUCACUUAAUAAGCCUUGAAGCAAGUGGGAAAAAAUACGAAGCAGCUUUGAGGUGGAAUUUGCCUGUAACAACCAAAGAUUGGUUGUUAGCUUGUGCCAAAACUGGCAAACAAUUACCAUUAGAAAACUACCUAAUCGGAGAAAGUAAAACUUCCAAUAACGAAACAUUGAAUACCACUAUUGUACAAAAAACUGUAACUCCAGAAAAACAGGACGCUCCUAAAACUCCAAAAAACUUGACACAAGAAAAUUUCAGUCAAGUAACUCCGAUAAAUAAAAUUCUAGAAGACGCAGUCAACAGUAAACUAUUGCCGACUCCGGCGAGACCGAAGCAAUAUUACCCGUGGGAUCCGAAAACUCCCGAAACUCCUCUUGGUGCUUUCAUCAGGCCGAAUCCUUCGCCCGGAUUGAGGAAAGAGUUGCAAAAGUAUGUGAAUUCGUUUCCGGAUUUCGUGCCGCCCGAAAGACGACUCAGCGUUUCACAAGAAGCUGAACUAGCUAUCCAGGAGCUAAACGGUACCACCCUUGAAGGAGCCUCUGAACCCCUUAAAAUAACUUUUACGGGCGAUUCUAAAGGUAAUAACAGAACUGUUCCACCAUCGAAUAUUCACCCCACGUCACCAGCUAGAAGAAGUUUUCCAGUUCGUCCGAUGAGACGAACUAGAUAUGCCCCAUUUUUUGUACGUAAUCCGUUUGCAAAUUGCAUGUUUCCUAACGUUGCAAUGAACCGACCUGGUUGGACUUUAUUCGUAGACAAUUUACACUUCGAAAUCGAGGAUAUUGAACUCUGGCAGUUAUUCGGUCCGUUCGGAGCUGUUCAGAGCGUUAAAGUCAUGCGUGACUUACAAACCAACCAAUGUAGAGGAUUUGGAUUUGUUAAAAUGACCAACUACGUUGAAGCUCUAUCAGCCAUUGAUUUCCUAAACGGUUACACGUUGUGUAAUCGGAAACUUCAAGUCCGCUUUAAAACAGCUAGUAGUGGAUCGACAAGAAGUGACGGUUUGUCUCAGAUCUCGUGUACCUAACUUAAUAAGUUUAGCAAAUUUUCUUUUUCUAUUGUUCUCAUUGUUAUUUUGCAACAUUUAAGUAUUUAGCAUGUAACUUAUUUUCUAUUUUGUUUAUUUAAUUUAGUUACUCUCUGUUCUGUUUUUGUUUUUUAAAUAUUUUAUUCAUUUUUUCGUUAUUACUAGUCUUGAAGACAGGGUUUUUUGUAUAAAGUUUGUACGCUUGCUUGAACGCCAUUAACAGCAAUGCUUUGGCGAGGCCACAACAAACUAUUUGAUUUUUUGAUUUCGAUUUUUAAAACCCAUGGAUGGGAAAAGUUGAAUUACUAGAUUUUCACUAGACAUAUUUAUUAAGACUAAUACAAUGAUGCAUUAUUAGACUGAAAGCUAAAAUAAUGAUCAUAAGUCAUCUGGCAAUUUUAAAAUUACAAAUUACAUAAAACUAUUAAUCGUAAAAUAUUAGGAAUUAGGGAAUUUUGACUUAUACUAGGUGGUGUGUUGACAGAGUAAAAAUUAAUUCAAACUUUUCUAACAAUGGAUUUUAGUUUAGUUUAGUUUUCAUUUAUGUACUUAAGUUUUUUUUCUAGUCUUGUAGAUUUUUGUCAAUCUGUUUUUUGUUUGUUAUUUAUAUAAUUUAUCAGUUUGGUUCUUUAUUUACUACUAUUUUUGAAUGUAUUAUCUUGAUUUAUUAUUUUUUCUCAGAAAUUAAACUUUAUAUAUUUUUAAUUGUUAUUUUUUUUUUUUAUUUCUCUCUGCACAACAACACCUCCAAAAUAUGUGCCAUUUUUUAGCAGAGACCUACUAACUAACUAAGGAAGAGGAUACAGAAUCAAGACAGUGAAUGAGAAUUUAAAAAUAAUUUGAUGCAUUAAGCUCUUAUUUACCAUUUGAAAUUGAUAAAGAUAAUAGAGAGUUUUCGUUGUCUUUUAAAAGCGAUUCCGAUAGCCGCUAUUUGACAAAUUUGACAUUUGAGCUAUCAUUUAUCGUUAUCGUUACCGAUAAGUGCCG